AUGCCAACCUACGACUGUCCAGAAGACUGGCUCAGUGACUCGUCCACUCUGUACAUGCAGAUCGGAGGAAACACCAACUACAGUGUAGGAAAUCAUAUACAGAAACAACAAGGAGGGAACGUAUCAAACAACGUCGUAAAUAUACCUGGGUGCCAGAAAAUUUCAGCAUUUGGAACCUAUGAUUGGCCAGCUGGUGAUUACUGUAUUAUAGCGGUAAAAUGUCCGCCAGAUUUUUAUCCAGGACAUAUCGGGCUUCAUGAAGAAGGGGACUAUAUCUACCAUUUCUACUUCUGCUGCAGGAACGACGGUUUGUCAAGUGCCCCAAUCAAGCUGCCGACGACUAUGCCUUUUUAUCUGUACCGCUUUUGGGGCGAGUGCCAACAGGUCAUGGACAUGACGGUCACAGAGGAGUACAUUCACUUUGACACUAAAGAUGAUCAGAAUUCAGAUGAGUUUUAUGGCAGCUUUGCUUUUGUCAUAGUAACAACGGAUUACGUUGACUUGAGGUUUUGUUACUACGAAUGA